CAACUUCUCCAGCCUCCCCCGCCAGCUUCACCACCAGCUUCACUCCCAGUUUCGGGUCUUGCAUUAGUAACAAUGGCCGGAAAGACAACCGUCCCUACACAGGACAGCCUUGUCCCCGAGUUGGUUCUGAAGAAGAACAAGGCCCAGCAGAAAGUCGCCGCUGCCCGCGCUGCUGAGCUGCAGAAGAAACGCGAGGCCAACAAGAAGAAACGAUCCGUCAUAUUCGAGCGUGCGAAAGGCUAUCUGGCGGAGUACCGCAAAGCAGAGCGCGACCUGAUUCAGGCAAAGCGCUCUGCGAAGCGGGAUCACUCAUUCUUCGUGCCAGCUGAACCCAAGCUCAUCUUCGCGAUCCGCAUUAAAGGUAUCAACAAGAUUGAUCCCAAGAAGCGCAAGACGUUGCAACUCCUCCGGCUCCUUCAGAUCAACAAUGGCGUCUUCAUCAGAGUGACGAAGGCUACAAGUGAGAUGCUCAAGAUCGUCGAGCCCUUUAUCGCCUAUGGAUACCCAAAUCUCAAGAGCGUCCGUGAGUUAAUCUACAAGCGCGGAUACGGCAAAGUCAACAAGCAGCGCCUCCCGCUCUCAGACAAUGAUAUUGUCGAAGAGCAUCUUGGCAAAUUUGGCAUCGUCUGCAUCGAAGACUUGAUCCACGAGAUCUACACCGUCGGUCCCAAUUUCAAGCAAGUCUCGAACUUCUUAUGGCCCUUCAAGCUCUCCAACCCUACGGGUGGCUUCCGGCCUCGAAAAUUUAAACACUUUAUCGAGGGAGGAGAUCUUGGCAACCGCGAGGACUAUAUCAACACUUUGAUCAAGCAGAUGAACUAGGGCUCGAAUUGCUUUGAAGGAUUAUGCUGGCGUAACGCGGGUCUGCUCGAUGAUUCCCCACGAAGGCCAUAUGCUUUAACCUUGGUCAACGAAGCCCUGGACGAAUAAAAGUGGUCUGGGUUGGUCGAUAGGCUUUUGCAAUGCUGUGAGAUGGAUGCAGGUUUGCGAGCUUACUCGGCAAGAAUCAGGCACCAAUC